CCCAGCCCUAGCAAGCACCCGGCUAGCCACCUCCAGCUGGGGCUCCGGAGAGCAAUCCGGCUGCCCUCCUGGGGCAGCCCAAACCAUGGGAGCCUUCGCAGGUGAUGACAAGGACCCCGGGGACCUCCGGGCCCACCGCCCAGCCGCGCCCGCCGCACCCAGGAGUGCAAGUGCGGGGGUGCGGGGCGCCGGCCCAGCACAGGAGCUGCCCUAGCCCGUGGCGGGCAGCGAGUCCUCCGAGCUUUGCAGGCUGCGGCCACCCGCGCUCACCAGCCCCUGUCUCUCUCUUCCCUACCGCCGCAGGUUGCUGAUCACCGCCAGGCGGCUGCUGCAGCGACUGCAGAGGCGCUGCGCCAAGAGGCGCGGGAGUCGUGCGAGCCGGCGGGACUGCGGAGGGCGAGUGGACCCAGGGUUGUUGGGAGAAGUCAAUGGCGUAAUCCAGGAAGCCCCGAACCACGUGCCAACUGGGAAGGUGAUGGUCAGCGAGACCAGCCCGGCCUAAUCUGGGGCUCCCAGUCCUGCACCAGGAGUCCUCCGACCAGCAGCCCCUGCCACAGAGGGAGGACUGGAUGUGGGAGGCGGGGUCUGAGGGGCAGGGACCUGGGGAGAAGCAGGCUUUGCUAGCAGAGUAGAAGAUCCUUUUGCUGCACAGGUGGACAGGAGGCCCUUUUGUCCUGCUGUCCCCGUGACUGUGGUGGGGUCGUCGCCCCUCUGGGUGCCUUCACUGACCUGGAAGAUCUGGGGUUGGACUGAUGACUUGUAGCCAUACCUGAGGCUCUGAGAACUGAGACUUUAAACUGGGGGUAGCAGUCUCUGCCAAGCCCCACUGAAUUCACUGGCGAAGGCAGCCACCUACGGCUUAGCCUGCAGGUCCUCGCUUGAUUCUGGGGUGUCGUGCCGAAGGGCAAGAGGAGAAGCCAUGCCAGGCAGUGGCCCCAGUGAGAGGAUGACAUGGCCCGGCCCUGCCCUCCCUACGCCCCCCACAACCCGCCCUCUCUCCUCAGCCCCGGGAACACCGUCCAUCCCACCGCUAACCAGGACCCGCAGUCUCAUGGCCAUGUCCCUGCCAGGAAGUAGACGCGCCUCUGCCGGAUCUCGCAGCGGGGGCACUUUAGGCCGUAGCGGCCUGGCAGUGUUCGCCCAGUGCCCACAGCUGCCCGCCAGCCAGAAUGAGCAGCUGCCUCUUCUCCCCGCCUCCAGGCGCACUUCUCCACCUGUGAGUGUGCGGGACGCCUACGGCACCUCUUCCCUCAGCAGCAGCAGCAACUCUGGCUCCUGCAAGGGCAGUGACAGCAGCCCCACACCGAGGCGCUCCAUGAAGUAUACACUAUGCAGCGACAACCAUGGCAUCAAGCCCCCCACCCCAGAGCAGUAUCUGACUCCGUUGCAGCAGAAGGAAGUUUGCAUCAGGCACCUGAGGGCCCGGCUCAAGGACACACAGGACCGGCUUCAGGACCGGGACACAGAGAUCGAUGACCUGAAGACUCAGCUGUCUCGCAUGCAGGAGGACUGGAUCGAGGAGGAGUGCCACCGUGUGGAAGCCCAGUUGGCUCUGAAAGAGGCCCGCAAGGAGAUCCGGCAGCUCAAGCAGGUCAUCGACACCGUCAAGAACAACCUGAUUGACAAGGACAAAGGGCUACAGAAAUACUUCGUGGAUAUCAAUAUCCAGAACAAGAAGCUAGAGACGCUGCUGCACAGCAUGGAAGUAGCCCAGAAUGGAAUAGCCAAGGAGGAAGGAACCGGGGAGUCGGCUGGUGGGUCCCCGGCACGCUCCCUCACCCGCAGCUCCACCUACACCAAGCUGAGUGACCCAGCUGUCUGUGGUGACCGCCAGCCAGGGGAUCCCUCCAGCACCUCUGCUGAGGAUGGAGCUGACAGUGGAUUUGUGGCUGCUGACGACACACUGAGUCGGACGGACGCCCUGGAGGCCAGCAGCCUGCUGUCGUCAGGAGUGGACUGUGGCCUUGAGGAAGCCUCGCUGCAGAGCUCCUUCAACCUGGGCCCUCGCUUCCCUGCCAGCAACACCUACGAGAAGCUCCUGUGUGGCAUGGAGGCCGGUGUGCAAGCCAGCUGCAUGCAGGAGCGGGCCAUCCAGACAGACUUCGUGCAGUACCAGCCUGACCUGGACACCAUCCUGGAGAAAGUAGGCCAGGCUCAGGUGUGUGGGACAGUCCCCAAGGACAGGUGCUCAGAGCUGGAUCCCCACCCCUCAGGGCCCAGAGACCCCAACUCAGCAGUGGUGGUGACAGUGGGUGAUGAGCCUGAGGCCCCAGAGCCCAUCACCUGUGGGCCAACUACACACCGGCCUACAGCCAACUCCAACCCGGGACUACCAGUGAGCGUGGUGUGUCCCGUGGAAGAGGAGGAGGAGGCAGCUGCCACUGAAAAGGAACCCAAGAGUUACUGGAGCCGCCACUACAUUGUGGAUCUGCUGGCUGUGGUAGUGCCGGCUGUGCCAACAGUGGCCUGGCUCUGCCGCUCCCAGCGGCGCCAGGGCCAGCCCAUUUACAACAUCAGCUCCUUGCUGCGGGGCUGCUGCACAGUGGCCUUGCACUCCAUCCGUAGGAUCAGCUGCCGCUCACUCAGCCAGCCAAGCCCCAGCUCAGCGGGCGGCUCCCAGCUCUGAGGUGGCUGCCACCCCUCCGCUUUUGGCAGCCUGACCACUGAUUGUAGGAUGCCAUUUGCUGCCCUCACACCCCCAUGGGCAUCCUCUUAAUUUACGUUCAGGUCUGGAAUAGCGCCCCCACCCCAGAUGUUCAUAGUGUCAGGGCCUCAGGAAGGCAAUCCCAAAGCCUGAGAGAAGAGGUAAAGGUGGCCAGUUGAAGAGGGAGAUACUGGUAAGAGCUCCCCUCUGGCCCCUCUGUCCACCCAGACUUCAGACAAGGCAGGCCCUGCUCAGAAAGUCUUGGGCUGUGUUGAUCUGGGGACCUGCCUUUCCCUUGCACCAUCCUUUCCAGCACCCAGCCCAGUCCGUGUCUUCUCUCCCAGGCCACCCCUUGCCCCUCUCCUCUGGCUCCUGGACCAGUAUUAGCUCCUCAAAUGGAGGCAGCCAGGACUCAAAAUGCAGAGAACCACUCCAAGCAGGGUCUGGCUGCCCAGGUCCCACUAAAGCUCCAGCCUCUCCUCCCUUGUUCUGGGAUGCAAAAGUACAAUCCAGCUGGAAGGACCAACUCAGGCAGGAGGGGGAGAGGGCAGGGUAGGUUCUGUGUGUGUCUGUCUGUCCUCCAGGCCUUUCCCCCACAGUCCGUUUUCCUCUUGGCUCCUGGGUGUGUUUGAUCUUCAUGAGCUGUCCAAUGCCCAUUGCUACCCCUGACACACUAAUUAUGGAUUGGGAGAGAGCGCUUCCCCAAGCCCCAGCUUCCAUUGGGUGAAUCCGUCAGCACAGAGAAGGCAAGGCGAGCAGCUCUGGGGCCCUUUACCUUCUGAGAUGAGUCAUCUCAUCUGUAGCCUAGAGGUACCUCAGCGAUUUGGGAAAGUCAGGGGCCCCUUGCCCCAGGCCCCUUUGGCCUGGCCCUACCUAUGUUUGCACUUGGUUCCCUUAGGGUCUUGGUUUCCUGCUCAACCCAGAACCCCCAAAUGGCUUGCUUUCUGGGAUGAGGGUUUCUGAAUCUGACCCAGCUGUCUCCAGAGGAAGGUGGCCAUCUGGAGGAAUCUGAAGGGGGUUCUGAAGUCACAGCAUCUGCCCAUCCAUGCCAAAGCAGGGUCCCCUGGGCAUGUUUCCUAAUCAGGGGCGUGGCCAGGCAGUGGGAGCCUGCCUGGGCUACUCCUGGUCCAGGCCCAGUCAGCCUGGGAAGAUGCCCUGAUCCUCACUUCCCUCUUCUUCCCAGAGAGGUCAGACCUGACUGGCCCACACCAGGGAGUUGGUAGAAGCCUGCAUCUCACUCUCUGACCUAGAAGCCUCUCUGGUUCUCUGCUAAGGUCGCUUGCCCUCACCGUUGCCCCAGUGGCCACUACUUGACUCAUGAGUUCUGCCCCUCCACUCUGUGCCCUCCCCCGAGGGCACCUGCAUGCACUGGGAGUGGGCAGCCAGCCUAGCCAUCAGGGCAAGAGCCCUCUGCCACGCGCUUUGUGCCUCCAAAAAUCCCCCACCUUGGCUGAGGCCUCAGACCAGCCGUCCUUGGUGGAGCACCCCUACCCCAGCUGAACCAAACCCAAAUGCCUGAGGCCUCGCUGGGGCUGCCCCAUAGGACACUGGGGUGGUGCCAUGGAGAGACGGGAUAAAACUGAUCCAAAGCCAAGCCAGGACUGGCUACGGACCCAGCCUCCUGCGCCGUGCACUCCUGGAGCUCCAUAUGUCUCCUUAGCAACAGUCGAAGCUCUGCUGAGAAAAUAAAUGUAUGAACUAUAUUUGACAACAUAAAUCCAUAUAUUUUUCACCACUGGCAUUUAGUCCAACUUCACAGCCCCUCUCUGUUCCAUGUCUUGCUGUCUGGGCCUUCUUGUCGUGUCUCGUGUUUUUGGUGAACUUGGGCAGGGUUAGAACUGCGGUCCACUCUGUUCCUGCUGCUGGAGAAGCCAUUGCAAAGUGCCCGGGUCUGUAGAGGCAGUAAGUGAAACUGACCGUCCUCGCUCCUGCUCCUGCUCCGAUCCUAGCCCCGCCUCGCAGGGGUCUUCUUCUGGGAGUUCUGCCUAUCAGAAGGGCUCUGCUCCUUACCAGUGGAGUGAGCAGAUUAUUACCCAGUCCUUGGGUGAGCUUGGAUCCCUGCAGGCUGGGGUACAGGCUCUGCUCCUAAGUGUAUAUAAGCUCAGAGUCGCGUAUCUGCAAAAAGGGGCUGCGAUGCCAGGAGGUGGGCUUGGAGGUAGACACUUCAGCAGCCUGCUGGUUCCAGACGUGGAGAAGGGGGCUGAGAGCAAGUUGGGACUGGGCCAGGCUCCCUCGUAGAUGCUCAUUCCCAAAGCUCCCCCCUUUCCUUCCAGUUGGCCACCCCCAUAGGCUGCGAUUUGCCCUCUUGCCCUUGGCUCCUGGAGCAGAAAUGUUUAGGGUGCUCCUGUCCCCUGCCUCCAGUCAGAGCUGACAAGGUCUUGAGGAAGUGUACCCAGGAACUACCUUCUCUAACUACUGAGCCCUCGGAGCAGAGUGGCUUGAAAUUGUGGCUCCUUAGUUCUGGAGCCCUCUGUCAGGGCUCAGUGAGAACUUCUGAAUAGAGGCAGCCUUGAGCAGAGUUUGUGACCAAUGUCUUCAAGCAGGUAGCAUCCAUAGCUUUUCACUGACCCCUUCCCACCUCCGCAGACAGCAGACAGCAGAUCCCAGGCUCUAGGGCCAAAGGAGAUUGAGGGGCAUCCACCAGGGAGCUCAGUCCCCUCUGAACUAGAUGACAACACAAACAGGCCACCGUGCACUCUCACAGGGGACACAGGAGGGGGGCUGUGGGGUGGGGUCCUGACUCUCGGUCUCCUUUGUCUUUUUGUUCAGACAGAGUUGUGCCUGUAGCAGACAGCUCUGAAUUAAAGCAUGAAGACACACACA